CGGAAACCCCGGGCCAAGACGUUUCGUUUCUUCUUCCCGUCUUUGCUCAGUGAUUUGGGUCCAAGGGCGUCGACGGGCGUUUCACUCCGCCUCCCUCAUAAUCCACUCGGGAACUCCCCUUGGAAAUCAACUCUCUUCAGACAGUCGAUCAAGAACCCGGGCACCGCAUUUGCACCCAGUAUCUUGCCGGACUUGCUCGUCGGAUCGUGGUAUUGGAUCUUGCUUAGGCGCUUCUUCGUUCCGAGGCACACAGAGCCCGAUCUUUUUUUUUACUGCGCAACUGCGUAGAAGACCACAAGGGAUUGAUUACGAGGUGAUCCACUGGACGUGUAACUUCCCGCUUUCUCCUCUUUGCACCUUGGUCUUCCCGUCCGUCUGUCACUGUGGUUCGAACCAGCUCCCUGGACUCGAGUUUUAACAAACCAUCCUCCCUAGAAAGCCUAGCUCAACCACCCCACCUGGUCUUCAUAACGGGCCCAGCCAAUCACCAGACAAGCAUCAAACCACCACUGCUCCCUGCCUGCCUUCCGCUAGCUCCAAGUGCGAAAAGAAAAGAAACAGCGGGACCCUGGAGCCAAACCCACUGCUCUGGAAACGAGCAGGGACACCAAGGAAGACCAGCAUCACACGCCGUCCUUCUGCUGCCGCGGGGAUUUGGUUCUAGCUUCGCUUGUUUCGAGUCCGACUACUGAAGCACACCCUCGUCCAUCGCCUUGAAUACCCCUUCACAUCUUUACCGCCUCUGGGGCCCUCACUUCAUUCUACCUCUUCAUAUAACCGUUUGCCCACCACCUCCUGCACAUUUUUUAGCACUCUUUCCCCUCCCCACCUACCGGCUCUCUUCCUCCAUCGCCCAAAGGCAAGUCAACCGGUGGGCUCACAACGCCAUACGACAUUCAAGAUCAACACGUCUCAGGUCCUUCGUAUUGCCAGCCUACCUGCCAUCAACAUGUCUACCAAACCAAUCCUCAAGCUGUCGACUCCGGUCACAGCCAACUUCCCCAAUAUCCCCCGACCAACAGACGAGCUCCGCUCCGCUGUGACACUUCCCUCGGCUCUUUCAGAUCGUACUCCUCUGUCUGCCAUCUCGCGAACAUCAGCCUUUCGUGACCCUCUAUCGGCACUUCCUUCAGCAGGCCUUCCUUCUGCUGGGCCAUUCAGCGCAACUCUCAAGGUGGAUCAUGAUCUUCAAAAGACACCCAUUACACCACCAGUCGCAUACCUCGAUUUUCUUAAGUGCAUGCAACUCGUUUCUCCUAGUCUAGCCUCGCCACCGCAAACAGGAAAGGUGUCCCUGCACCGGACGAGCACCGCUAGCAGCCUCAGCACCAGCAGUACUAAUAGCCAUGAAUCGGAGUCUUCGGUUGACUCCGCCACUACGGACGACUCUGAGAAGGAGAAAGAAGGACAAAUUGAGAGCGCGCCAUCAACGGCUCGCACAGACGUGAGCUCCGAGCCCGAAAUCAAGGUCGAGGCCGAAGAGAAGGAGGACAAAAAGGUGGACGAGAAAGAGGACAAGAAGGAAGACGAGGAGAACGUCGACAACGGGAAGGAAGACAAAUCCAGACCAGCACCUAUCACCAUCUCUCAACCUCCGACUCCCCAAAGCUCGCUCUAUCCGAUGUCAGCUCCAGCCACCGGCGCCGCGGUAUUCCCAAGCACCAAGAUUCCUGCAUCACCCGCCAUCUCUACUUCCGCACUCUACUCGCCACGAACACCCCUCAGUGCAGCAUCUGUCCGCUCGCCUUUCGAUUGGGAGACGGCGCUAAAGCUGCGGCGAUUUGCCGAAGUUUCUAGCCUCAAGCGCUCUGCGCCAUCUGAUGCUCCUGCUGUCAGCACCCCCACGUCUGUUCCCGUCGCAAAGGAAUCACGAUCCAGCAUACGCCACAUCCGUGAAGUGGUUACAAGAACAGUAACCUACACACCACGAAUGGCGCCCGCACCCAAGGGAAAGCGAAGAAAGAUUGACGCCGACACAGCCAUCAAGUCAUGAAAACAGCUAAAUUAUCUACGGUGCUGGUCAUCGCCGCCAACCUGAUCACCACCACAAUAUCGUUGCAGAGCAGCCUGCCUGGAGCGGUGCAAUAACUGAGAUCCUCACAACCCAUUAAUCGUCAAAUCGACAACGCUUAGAGGGGUCAGGAAGAGGAAUCAAAAAAGAAGAGGGGAUGCAGCUUGCCCAAAGCUACGGAUUGUCAUUUACGAAUGGUGCACAUAUCAACGGAGUCAAACGGAGUUUAUCGGCGUUGCUGGCGGCGUCCACCACCAUGGGAGUUGGGUUGUAUUUUGCGGUCCGAACGGUCAGGUUGGAACUUGAACCACGAUACCACAGGAGGAGUCUUGGCUUGGCUUUGUGUCAGCGAAUUUUUUUUAGAGGGAAUCUAUGGAGCAUAGGGAAGGGGAUACUUGAAAUUUGCUGGAGGAUGAAGAGAGUUACAGGAUAGGGUCUAAUCAUGGCCAUUUUCGGUGGUUUUGGAUCCAGCCCAAAACUCAUUCUGCAUAGUCACUACAAUAGGAAUCCUCGGGCGACACAAGUCGUCGGGUCUUCAACACAAGAAUAUUCUCUCCCCAUGUUUGAUCAGCAUAUCCUUCGAAGAUCCGUUUGCUUCCUCACUGUUUGUUGUCGGCUUGCUACCCCGCAAACAGGAAGAAAUGGCCGCCUUGAUGGCCGGCCGGAGUACACAAGUCAGGAUCUUGGAGGCCUGUAGAAGGUACGUACUAUACUGGGCGAUGAAACACCACAAAAAAAGAAAUCAAAUUUCCAAUGCCCGGUUAUCCC